AUCCUAUCCGACCCCGGUAGCUUUUGCGGCUGUCGGCCCCCCUCCGCGCUUCCGGUUCGGCGAGCCCCGGCGGUGGCAGCAGAAGCAGCACCAGAAGGUUCUUGCGCCUGCCUGAGCAAUAAUAAUAAAUACUCCGUCACUCGAAGAUUCCUCUGUGUAAGAUUACAGUUAUUGGAUUAUGAUCAGCAUAGCAACAUUUCAAGAAGAUUAAAUAUAUUCUUGGGGCUGCUGAAUAUUGGAAGGUAUUAAGUAUGUCUAAAAUAACUACAGAACUUCUGUUGGAAAGAGCAGUGCCCAAAUCUACAAGGCUACGAAAGAUCAAAAUUUUGAACUUGUCCAAGUUGCAAAUAACCACAGAAGAUUUGGCGCCACAGUUAUUCUCUCAUCUCCGCCAUCUCCAGGAACUUGAUCUCUCUGACAAUCUCUUAGAACGGCUUCCUGACAAUCUCAGUUUGCCAAAUCUCCGCAUCCUAAAUUGUAGCAACAAUCACUUGGAAGAUGUGACAGCCUUUCAGCAGUUUCCACAGCUGGAGGAGCUCACCUAUGCCAACAAUGUAUACCUGACACCCAGUGAUGAUUAUAAGGUUAUAUUUCUUUUGCAAAAUCUCCGUCAGUUGAAUGGCAAAGACAUCACCAAGCUGGCCAAUCAUGUGAGAGUCGUCAACAGUCGAGAGCUAACUAAUAGAGUCUCUGCUCAUUGGGGAAAAAAUUUUCAAAACCAGAUGCCUAAAACAUUGUCUUCUGAACAACUGAAGCCAAUUAGAAAAAAGUUCAUCAGGUCUGCACAAGCUCAUGUAGCAUAUGGUCCCAGCUCACUCAGCGAUUUCACACGUUGGAGGGUGAAAAUGAUUGCUGAGGAAUUCCUCACUUCGUUGAUUAAUGAAGAACAUAAGCCUGCUACAGAAACAGCAGCAGAAUCAAUAGAGGAGCAAGAGGAGGAAGAGGAAGAAGAAGAAGAGGAGGAGGAGAAAGAAGAGGAGGAAGAAGAAGAAGAAAAAGAAGAAAUUAAAAAAAAUACCACGGAGGCUGACAAAAAAGUUACUGCUAAGAGACCAGUAACUCCCAGCAAAAGGAAAGGGGCUCGUUCCAAAGGAAGAGCAAAGAGCAAGAGAUCCCAUUCUCAAAGCAGUUCCAAGGAAGAAGCAUCACCCAGCCCCAAGAAGCUCAGCCGCUUGCAGGAUGAGCACAAUACUGAGGCCACAAAAGCCUCUCGCACACAGGCCAAGGAAUCCCAGACCCCUCCGGAUCCUGACGGAGCCCAUCGGAAUGGAGGGAGGCUUCCAAAAGCACAAAGCUACAAAAAGGUCACUCAGCAGAAAGAAGAGCACAAAGAGGAAGAGGAUGAAAGAGAUGUUUGCAGCACUCCAGUGAAGGACUUGGAAUGUGAGGAAACAAUUACCCUCGAACCGGUCCAUUUUCUACAAUGUCAUAGUAAGGCCAACAACAGGGAUGACUUCAAGACCCAAUUAUGGGCCUGUGUUUUUGAGCCACCGCUAGAUUGUGGGACGAGAAAAGACCCUGUGGUGAGCUCUUCUAGGACAGCAGCUACCUGUGGCGGAGAUUCUGUUUGUUUGGUUGACUGUGAAACAGGCAUUGUUUUGAAAAAGUACAAAGUGACUGGGGAGGAGUUUUACACUGUCACAUGGACAACUCUGACAAUGGUAACAAGUGAUGGGAGAAAGAAAAAACACAACGUUUUGGCUGCUGCUGGGAGAAGAGGAAUCGUAAAGCUAAUUCAUGUGACUGCCGAUUACUGUUAUGGAGAAAUCAAGGCUCACAAGAAACCCAUUGCUACUGCUUGCUUUAGUCCAACCUGUGAAACGCACCUUUUCACUGCCUCCUAUGACAAAAAAAUAUGUGCAUGGGACAUUGGAAUUCCAGACUGUGACUAUAACUUCAAAGAAAGGCAACUGAUGGUACUGGAGACCAUUUCCACACCUUUACGUAUUGCCUUAGUACCCUCUUGCCCAGAUCGGUUCUUGGUGGCUGGUUGCGAACAGGGCUGCUUUGCCUGGGAUAUUAGACUGGAUGAUAAGCCGCAGAAAAACAGAGCUUUUGAAGUUGAAUUUCAAUUUCCAGAUGAUGAAGGGAAUGACACAUCUUCUCACCAGGUGGAUGGCCUAGCCUUUCUGAAUGAAGACAUUGUAGUUACCAAGAGUUCAAAGAGAGCAUCUAUAAACCUCUGGAGCUGGAGUCGCUCUUUCAAACAAGGCAAAGGUGGGCGGAGGACAGUGCAGGCUGUCAUCCUGGCUGAACUGGAAUGGUCUUCAACAGAUCUUCCUUACCUCACUCUCAGCACAUGCCCAACAGAAGAAUAUGUGUUCUGUGGUGAUGAGAAAGGAAGCAUCUGGAUGUAUGACCUCAGCAACCAUUUGUCAGCUCUUUGUGCCACCAAGGAAGAUUGCCCAACCGAGAGAAUAGGGCCUUCCCAGAUUCUAAAGUGGCCGGAAUUGAAGGCAAAUGGCGAGUUGCUGACAGAUGUCUUGGUGAACAAUGUGGUCACAGAUCCCACUUUUACGUAUCUAGUCGCGCUGACAGAUGUCAACAUUGCCGCAAUAUGGAAGAAAGUCUAGCUGGGAUGACAACCCAGAAGGAGCAAUCCCAUUUUUUCAACCACAUUUCAGUAGUGCAGUAUUUGUGACUGUUCUGAGA